CCUUCGGGCGUUCUUUCCGCGGGAGCGACAGUUCGGGGCGCACUUCGGGGCGAACAUGGGAGAGAGAGCGGCGCUUCGGCGGGAGGAAUGCCGCCCAGGUCAGGUGUUUCCUUUGAAUUGCCCCAACUCUCAUCAUGCCUGGUGUCAGAUCCUCAAUGUCUCAGAGCUGGAAGCCUCCUUCUUAUCCUAUUCUGGCAGGCACCUGAAUGAAACCGCGCUCAGUGUUUCCACAUCCACAGAAAGCAAGUACAGUUUAUACGCAGGUGUGGCUUUAGCCAUUGGCUCCAGCAUCUUUGUUGGCUCCAGUUUUAUACUGAAAAAGAAGGGCCUUUUGCAGAUGGCUGAAAAAGGAUACACUAGAGCAGGACAAGGUGGGUAUUCUUAUCUGAAAGAAUGGCUGUGGUGGGCUGGGCUGCUUUCAAUGGGAAUAGGAGAAGCAGCAAACUUUGCCGCCUAUGCCUUUGCACCUGCAACUUUGGUGACUCCAUUGGGUGCACUUAGUGUACUCAUAAGCGCAAUACUAUCUUCCUAUUUUUUGGAUGAAAAGCUCAACAUCCAUGGGAAGCUGGGCUGCGUCUUAAGCAUCCUGGGGUCUACAGUAAUGGUGAUUCAUGCUCCUGAAGAGGAGCAAGUCACAUCACUGGAUGAAAUGGAAACAAAACUAGAAGAUCCAAUGUUCAUUGCCUUUGCUGUUAUCAUCAUUGCAAUCUCACUGAUGCUCAUUUUUGUUAUUGCGCCAAAACACGGUCAGACAAAUAUCCUGGUCUACAUCUCCAUUUGUUCUGCAAUUGGCGCAUUCUCCGUCUCCUCUGUCAAAGGAUUGGGCAUUGCUAUUAAAGACUUAUUGUAUCAGAAGCCAAUUUUCCGAAAUCCACUGGUUUAUAUUUUGACUCUGGCUUUGGUGCUGUCAGUCGGUACUCAGAUUAACUACCUCAACAAAUCAUUGGACGUGUUCAAUACAUCUCUAGUGACACCCAUUUACUAUGUGUUCUUCACGACGACAGUGCUGACCUGCUCCAUUAUCCUGUUCAAGGAAUGGAACAGCAUGAAGCUUAGAGACAUCAUUGGGACACUGAAUGGAUUCUUCACCAUCAUUAUUGGUAUUUUCUUUCUGCAUGCUUUCAAAAAUGUCACAGUCAACUGGAGCCAGUUGACCUCGUCUGUGAAAAGAGAGCCCAGCUCACUUCCUCAUAGUAAUGAGGCUCAUUAUGCUUUACUGGAGAACAUUGAGGCUUCAACCGUAACAUGCGAUGAGGAUAAUACUCUGUUCAAUCGAGGCAGUGAGCUAUGACGUCAUCCUCAAGUCGACCAAUUUCACUGAACUAGAGUGAAAGCUAUCUUCAGACUUAUAACCAUUCUCCGAGGAUGACACUUGGAGAGACAGAAAGCCAUCACUAUAACAUUUGCCCCUGGAACAAAAAAGGAAAUAUGAAGUUAAUGUUCCUAUUUAUACCUAUUUUUGGAAACAGAUGAACAUCACUGAAAACUGUGAUUCUGUUUGAAGAACUGAUAUUUGAUAAAUAAUAGCAUUUUUGGAGGUGUAAUAUAUUUUCAUAAAGAGCACUUUAUAAUUCUACUAUAUUUUUAAAAAGUCAUUGGGUUUACAGCUGGCUUGGUGAAGGUAUCUGUGUGUAGAAAAUCAUGACCGUCUCUAAAACGGUCAACAUACUAACGUUGUUAGAUGUCACUUCAACAUGUUUCAGCUGACAAAUGCCCAUAAGAGAAAUAUUCUGGUUUAUGAUUCUAGCAAGGAACUGUGCAUUCAUUUAAGAAAGAGAUCUUUCAUGUCAUGCUUAGCACUGAAUUGUAUGAUAUGUUUUAGGCUGAAUUCAGACAAAGUCCGAAUUUGCCAUUUUGCAGUACCAAAUCUUGGAAAGAUUCAAAUAAAAUUGUGAAUAUAGGAUAUAA